AUGAAUAAUAAUAGCUCAAGCAAUUAGGGUUCAAAUCAGUUAAGGAUGCAAUAGCAACAAUCGCAAUAUUAGAUCUAAUAGCCAUAAGGAUCACCUCAAGGUUUUGGAAUGCUACAAUAACAAAACCCAUAAGAAUCAGACAUCGUUUAAACGAAAUUAGUUUCUCAUAUUUAAAAUAGGUUGAAGAUCAAGCAAAUGUAUAAAGACAAAGGUAUUCAGAUGCUAGAUAAGCCAGAACAGAUGAUUUCAGAUAUCUAAGAACCAUAGCUUGACCCUACUUAAAGUUUGGUUUAUAAUAUCAUCAAGGCUGAAUUAUCUGAGAAAGGAUUCUCUGAUUUUAAGUACAUAGGACAGGGAAAGCAAGGCUUGGUCUUUUUAGCAAAAGAGUUAUCCACAAACAGAAGAUUUGCAAUCAAAGGACUUCAUGUCAAAGAUUCUUAGGGGAAAAUCUUUUAAGAAACAUUUGACUAAGCAUAACAAGAAAUAAAUAUGCUCGAAAAGUGUAAAGGUUCUACAUAUGUUGUCAACUUGUUAAAGAAAAUUGAAGGAAAGGAGUUUAUUUACUUAGUUUUGAGUGAGUGUUAAGGAACUCUAAGCGAACUUAUUAAAAAGAGUCCAAACGAAAAACUAAAUGAAUUAUCUGCAAUCAAGUAUGCUAAAGAUAUUGCUGAAGGUCUUUUGCACAUUCAUUCCUAGAAGUGUAUUUCCAAUGAUCUUAAAAUGGAUAAUAUACUAAUUGAUUAUAAUGGAAAUGCUGUAGUUUCUGAUUUAGGAUUGGCAGAUAGUCUCACUAAAACAUCUGGAUACGGAAUGAACCAAUAUUUAGGAAACUUGCUAUUCUAAGCUCCAGAAUGUUAUGAUCCAAAGAAAUUUCAAGAUUAUUCAGAUGAAUAUUAAAAGUUAGGAUUAAACAUAAGCACAAAACCAACUAUUAAG